GUUUCACCGUGUUAACAGGUAUAGAAAAAUUCGAUGAAUAUUUAUCUAUUUAUUCUGUGUGGACUAAGUCUUAAGUCGAGUCUUGGCCAUGACAGCUCGGUGUUGGCACCCUGGCAAGUAUCCAUACAAUCGCCCAGUGGAAGGCAUUUAUGCAGCGGAGCCAUCAUAUCAAAGAAUUUCAUUGUGACCACAGCGCAGUGCGUGAAAUAUGGUGAUGUCCACAAAUACCGGCUUGUGCUGGGUUCAAAUGAUCUGAAAAAGAAACAUCAUGAUACUGUCUAUCAUAUUGAAUACAUAUUGAUGCAUCCGCAUCACGAUAAACCAAAGAAGGCCAAUGAUAUUGCCUUAAUACACACCACGAAAAAUAUCAAAUUUACCAAGAGAAUCAAGUUCAUUGAAUGCAAAGUGAAUUUUCUAGCAGAAAAUACUAAAGUGAUGAUAUCAACUUUUGGCUGGAGCGAAUCAAAAUCCUCGGAGAGUCAGUUAAAGAUGCAAACUAUCAAUAUGAAAAUUAUGUCGCAUCAUGAUUGCUUUUCGGCAUAUAGCAAAAAUGUUCGUAAUCCAAUUGACAUUGGCCAUUUGUGUUUGACGGUGGCCAAUAAUACGGACUAUUGCAAUCAUGAAUCGGGUGCUCCGUUGGUCUAUAAAAACAAGUUAGUUGGCCUCACUAGCUUUGGUCCGGGCUGUAACAAAGGCAUACCCUAUGUGGCAUCGAGUAUAUCUUUCUUUUUCGAUUUUAUACGAACUAAAACUAUUGGCUGCUCUAGGUGUCUCAUUCACAAAGGUUUUACCUCUUUCUUUUUCGAAUUUCCAGUAUAAACAAAUGAAAAUAUAUACAGAAGAUUUAAGAUUGUA